AUGAAUCCAAAUAGAAGUGUAUCACAUAAAGAAGCUAUGAGUAAAUUAAAAUUUAGAGAAUAUGAUGAGCUAGUUGAUGAUCAAAUGUUAUUGUCUAUUCCUCGUAUUCCACCAACAGUUAUUACUCACGGACUAAUCGCAGUUAGUCAUCCGAUUACUUUUACGGUGCGUCCAUCUCUGACACCCAAUCAUCAUAUUAUUAUCACCGAUGGUGAAGAGGACCGACUUGUAGGUGUCUAUGCCUACACUAUUAGAGAGAUGCGUGUUCUAAAUGGCACGAGAAUGGCACACUACGCAUUCGAUUGCAAUGUUAUGCCCGACCAGCGAAACAACGGACUGUCAUUGUUGAUCAUUGACUACAUGCUCUCCCAGCCCAUGAAGAAAGAAGGUGCAAUCGUGUAUGCGUCGUCCCUAAAGACACGGGCCAACGUGGUCAUUAGAAAGUCUGGAAACUUGGGUGCGCGACACUACUGCGACCUCUACCAACACGCGUGGCAUUGUGAUUUCCCUGUGAAACUCGACCAUAUUCCAAAGGAUGUGGAGAUCAAGAUUUGGGAGGAGAAAGACGUCGAUGUUAUCAAGGCGCAGUGGGACGCCUACUAUGGACCGUGGUCAUUCACGCCGAUCGAUUUCAACGAGAUACUUCGUUUCAAUAGAAAAUACUAUAUGACCACUUACAAUGCGCAGCUACGAAGAAAGGGAACGAACCAACAGUUCAAACAAGGUGUGCGCUUCCUCUUCAUUGGACUCUCAGAGUUGGAUCCCAUCAAGAAACAUUUCCCACUGUUCAACUCUAUACAAUCAUUGAUAUUCUCAUUCCUUAUCCUGACAAAGGAUGAAGAGGAUUGGGAUAACUUAAUGAAAGUAAAAGAUAUCAAACCGGUAUACAAUGAUCCAAGAGAUUAUGGUGUAUUAAUGUUACAUAGAGAUUAUACUGCUAACAAAUUAUCAUAUGUGAUCCAAGGAGGUAUUUUCUUUUUCAUCAAUUCGAAAUUAUUUAUGCUCGCAGUGCAAAGGGCAUAUGCGAGUGAACAUGAAAAAUCCAAAUCAGGUAGAUCAUGUGCAACCAUUGCUCAAAGCCUUGUAUCUCGAGAAUCAAUCAUCGAAUCAUUACCAAUGUUCAUGAUUUUAAUUACUAAUAACUAUCUAUCAAGUAAUAAUAUUAAAGAGAUUGAAAGAAGAAUUAAGAAAGAUUUGAAAAAUCUCUAUCUAUCAAGAAAUAACUUAAAGGGGGGCAGAUGUACUGUGGUUUUAUAG